AUGGCAGCUGCAGCAAACUCCAACAGUGAUAAUUUGACGCUUGACAAAGUGAGAGAGGCAUUGAUCAGACAAGAAGACACCAUCGUUUUCAGGCUGAUACAGAGAGCCAACUUCCCCGUCAAUUCUCCCACCUACGAUGAAAAGUUUGCAUCUUUUUCUGGUUCUCUGCUCCAAUUCGUGGUUAAGGAAACAGAAGCCCUUCAAUCCAAGGUUGGUAGGUAUGAAAACCCUGAAGAACAACCCUUUUCCCCAGAAAACCUACCACCUUCAUUGGUGCCGCCUCAGGCCAAUCCACCAGUAUUGCAUCCUGCUGCAGCUUCCAUUAACAUAAACGAGAAGAUAUGGGAUUUUUAUUUCAACCAAUUGCUUCCACUUUUUGCUGUCCCUGGUGAUGAUGGAAACUAUGCAUCAACUGCCUCUAGUGAUCUUGACUGUUUACAGGCCAUCUCUAGAAGGAUUCAUUAUGGAUACUAUGUAGCUGAGGUUAAAUUCAAGGAUGCCCCUCAAGACUACGAGCCUGCGAUUCGCGCUCAGGACAGAGAGGGUCUUAUGAAAUUGUUGACCUUUGAGGCUGUGGAAGAGAUGGUGAAGAAGAGAGUUGAGAAGAAGGCAGCGGUUUUCGGACAGGACGUGUGCCUGGUUGAUAAUGGAAAUGGGAAAUGCAAGGUUGAUCCAUCUGUGGUUUCUCGGCUCUACGGAGAUUGGAUAAUGCCCCUCACCAAGCUUGUUCAAGUCGAGUACCUCCUUCGCCGCCUAGACUAG